AUGAUCGGAGCCCACUCCUUCACGGCACAUGACACUUGUGCCCUGUUUCGGGCCUUCCGGUCGCCGGCUCUACUCGGCCGUAGUCGUAGCAUUCUGCAGGUGACCAAAUGUACAUUUUGCAUGGCCUGUUGUCAUGACGUGCAUUCUGUAUCCUCUUUUGCAGCGACGAGAAGUUGUGCCAUAAUCGGUUGCUAUAGGCACGAUAAGUGGAAUAAGCUGGGCCUGUAUGGGUUGAAUUACCAACUACUUAGUGCCUCGUGUUCAGCAAUUGCCCCUUCUUCUUCUUCUUCUUCUUCACUGCCGACUAGUCUGAUCAGAUUUAUGUCUGUCUUCCACGGCGUCUGCCGUAACCGAGGCGUUGCCAGCUUUUAUGCACAAAUUUAA